AUGCCCACGUCGACGCGGCCGUGGCGGCCAUUCACGGCAAACUGCUGCGUCGUUGAGGAAGGGGCCGUCCUCGGUAACCUGAGCCGCUGCCGGCCAACGCGGACAGAGUUCUCCAAGAAGGUGGUGAACCUUCCACCCUUUCGCCGGCUGUCGUACUCCGAUCUGAGCGGCGGCUCCCCAUCCUCGGCUCGGUUCACCGUGGGGCUCGGCUUUGGGGCGGAUCUCCAUGCCUUCCAGCUGGGCGAGCUGAGGGCCAUCACACACAACUUUUCCAGCAGCUUCCUGCUGGGGGAGGGCGGCUUCGGGCCGGUGCACAAGGGCUAUGUUGACGACAAACUCCGGCAAGGCCUCAAGGCACAGCCGGUGGCCGUCAAGGUCCUCAACACCGAGGGCCUCCAAGGCCACCGCGAAUGGCUGGUCAGCGCCACUCAGAGACGCUUCAUCUUCAUUGUCCUGUGGUGCUACCGGUAGACAUGAUUAUCACCUAUUUUUUGCAGGCGGAGGUAAUCUUCUUAGGGCAGCUGAGGCACCCUAACCUGGUGAAGCUGAUCGGUUACUGCUGCGAAGACGAGGACCGGCUGCUGGUGUACGAGUUCAUGCCACGGGGAAGCCUAGAGAAUCAUCUCUUCAGAAGUAUGCACAAAGAGAGAAAGAGGGGGAGAUCGUAUCUACUUCUUUAUGUCGAAAUAAUACUUAGAUAACCUUCUCACUUAAAACUUCAAGUUUUGAAUUGUUUGACGUCAUAGGGAGCCCUGUUUCCCUGUCGUGGGGAACCCGGCUCAAGAUCGCCAUCGGCGCCGCCAAGGGACUUGCCUUUCUGCACAGCGCCGACAAGCCCGUCAUCUACAGAGACUUUAAGACUUCCAACAUCCUUCUAGACUCCGUCGGUGCCUCCAGGACCUCUAUCUGCACUCUGUCUCUCUGUCUCCCUCGCUACCCCUCUCGCUGAUGUCUGCUUAACAGGAUUUCACGGCAAAGCUGUCCGAUUUCGGUCUGGCAAAGCUGGGACCCGAGGGGGAGGACACCCAUGUAACGACCAGGGUUAUGGGGACGCAUGGCUACGCAGCGCCGGAGUACGUCAUGACAGGUUAUUCCCCGUAAAACGGUGCAAUACAAUCGAACAAGCCCUCUAAUCUGGCAUUAGCCAAAGAAGUUGGACCAAAGAAUCUAUGUCUCCGUGUAUUCGAUCGGAUCCGGCGCUGAGCGAUGGGGCGAUCUGGUGCAGGGCAUUUGACGACGAAGAGUGACGUGUACAGCUUCGGCGUAGUGCUGCUGGAGCUGCUGACGGGAAGACGAUCCAUGGACAGGAGUAGGCCAAAGAAAGAGGAGAACAUCGUUGACUGGGCCAAGCCCUACUUGACAAGCGCCCGUAAGGUGCGGUACAUCAUGGACGCGAGGCUCGGCGGGCAGUACUCCCUCAAGGGUGCCCGAGACGCCGCCGCGUUGACCCUGCAGUGCCUCAGCUCAAACGCUAAGGACCGGCCGCGGAUGGCGGCGGUCGUCGAGACCCUCCAAGGCCUGCAGCAUCUGAAAGACAUGGCGGUGAACUCGGGUUCCUGGACUGCCACGCCACUGGCCGGGCGGAGGGUCCUCUCCGCCAGGACGAAGACGGGAGGGAAGAUGGGUGGUGCUCGACGAAAUGCUGUCUCGGCUAAGCUCAAGUGA